AUGCCUGUAGACAAAAGUACGCGGGUAGUAGACGAGUUAAUGGUGAUGGGUGAUCUAAUGGUCUGCACACUGGGUUGCUUAGAGGCCGGGACUGAAAAAAAAAGGACUGACUUCAUUCGCGAUAAAGGCGAAGACGACGAGAAUUUUAACGAACAUCAUCUGCCACGGAAACGAAACGUAAUCGUUCGGUUUUCAUUAACUCGUGAAAUGCAAAUGAUAAUGCAAUCCGGAAAUUUGAAAAAUCGGCUUAGUGCUGAAUUGGAAUCUGACGGUCCGUAG